UUCCCACCUGAUGAUGGACGCUUGUGUUGCGCCUGAAACGUCGUGAUUUAUUUUAUUUUAUACCAAGAGUAUGAUUGACUACUUUUUUCGAUGACAAUGAAAUGAAUAAAAUAGUUUAUUUUCAAUCCUAUGUUAAAUAAAAAUGGCCAUUUAAAAAAAAAUAUCACGUACAUUUGUAAUGCAGAGGUCACUGUGUUGAAUUCUAGCGAGUACAGGAUAUAAAUGACUCCCUUAAAUAAAUAAAUAACACAUCUGAAAGCUUGUGACGUCACAGGCACGUUUCGAAACCACGUGUCAGAACAGGAAAUCUCUAACCCCGGGUCACGGCCGGAAAUGAUGACGUCACUACACGGGGCUCUCUAAGCACGUGAUCGCACUCGGACUUUGGCGACACCAGCGGCAAGAUGCUCCUGCUACUGCUGCUGCUGCAGUUGGGCCCCGUGUCUGUUGGGAACGUCUUCCCCCUCUUCGCGGGCAAGGAGGAAGGUGACGUGGACUACCCCAUACCAAUGCCACCAUGCCCGAAACCCGACAUGGUCGUAAUGUCAUGGACUCUGGCAUUGCUUGCGAGUGGCUUCAUAUUGAUGGCGAUUACAAUCAUAGGCGUCAUGUCGUGUCGCCGUCAGUGUGUCGAUAUGUCAACGUGCAAACAAAACUACGAGCUGCUGCGUCAGGCGAAUGAGGCGCAGGAAGAGCGAGUUGCGAUGAUGUUUCAGAAGAACAAGAUGCUUCGCGAGCAGAUGGAGGCGGCACUUCGGGAGAUGGAGGCGUUGCGUCGGGAGAAUAUUCUGCAACAGCGAGCGAUCGCGUAUCACAAGACGCUGCGUCAAGAAAGCCAGACGCUGCACGAGGAGAACGUGACGCUGUAUCAGGAGAUCGUGGCGCUGUUUCAGCAGAAGGAGAUGCUCCACCAGGAGAUGGAGAUGCUGAGUCUUGCCGCCACCACAGCCGAUGCUGCCACGGCCAACACUGCCGACGUGACCAUGGCCGCCACUGCUAUGGCUGCCAUCAUCACGGCCGCCACCGCUGCCACCAUGGCUGCCACCUCCACGAGCACCCUCACUAGCGGCAUCCCCACUACCAAAGCCAAGACAUCUAAAUUUAGAUGGCUCAGACAAUUCUUCCUGUAAACUUUUCAAUUCGGGCAGUUUAAAGAUCGCUUUAGCUUCAAGUUGCCCCAAUUAAAAAGUGACGAAAAAAUACGAGAAAAAUAUCCCUCGUCUCGCCUUGAACAGACUGUUGGACAAGUGCUAUUAGCAAGAACCAAUGAAGGCCAGCAUCGACACAAGAAGCGGUUGUUGAACAAUGCCACGCCUGAAGAUCUUCAUAGUCCCAGUGCUGAAGUUUAUACACCACAUCAAUAACUAUUUUUUAGGCUAAAAUAAAUUAAAAAAUUCCCAACUGUUAUUGAUCAUAAGUUAGAAUUGAACUCCGGUCGACGGGUUCUUAACACUGAGCUAACUACAGUGCCACCGCUCUUGACACAAAGGAAGAUAAAGACCAACCCCCUCGUAUAGCCUUAAUAGACUGUAGAGGAAAGUGCUGUUAGCGAGCACCUAUGAGUGUAUGUCUCUUGACACAGACAUACACUCACACACAUGUUAUGAAUGAACACGCAUUUUGAAAGUCAAUUUGUUCGUACCUCGGAACUGAAUAUUACAUUUUAUGCACUUUACAUACUGGACAUAGAAAUUGUUACCGCAAAAAAAACUUAAGCAUUGUUAAACUCAUAAAUAAGAAGUCAUAUUGUACAUUUGCACGUAUAACUAUCGUAAAUGCUGUACAGUAUAUAAGUUAAAUUUUGAUUUAAAGCUUUCGUGACUGCAGUAAUUCAUAUUCUUAGUUUUUUCGGUAAA